GCUUGCAAUAAGUCCUAUUGUCUCGGGUUCGAGUCAAGGAAGCGGUGAGUACUUCUCUCGGGUUGGAAUCGGGAAACCACCGAGUCAAGUUUACAUGGUGCUCGACACGGGCAGUGACGUUAACUGGGUACAAUGCGCACCCUGCACCGAUUGUUACCAACAAUCCGACCCGAUUUUCGAGCCAUCUUUAUCAUCUUCUUACUCGCCGCUGAAUUGCGAAACGCAACAAAGUACCUCGACGAUUCCGAAUGUCGAAACGACCGCACUUGUGUCUACGAGGUUUCCUACGGCGACGGCUCUUACACAGUGGGUGAUUUUGUCACUGAAACCAUCACCCUCGGCUCCGAUUCUGUCAAUAAUGUAGCAAUCGGUUGUGGCCAUAACAACGAAGGCUUGUUUGUAGGGGCGGGUGGCUUACUUGGUCUCGACGGCGGGCCGCUAUCCUUUUCCUCGCAGCUCAAUGCGAGUACUUUCUCUUAUUGUCUCGUGGAUCGUGACUCUGACUCCGCUUCCACUCUGGAGUUCGACUCGGCUCUCCCUCCUAACGCCAUUACAGCUCCGUUACUCCGUAACCACCAGCUAGACACGUUUUACUAUCUUGGUUUGACCGGUGUCAGUGUGGGUGGCGAGUUGCUUCCGAUUCCCGAGUCAGUUUUCCAAAUAGACGAGUCAGGUAACGGUGGGAUUAUCAUCGACUCGGGGACCGCUAUGACUCGGUUACAGACCGAUACGUACAACGUUCUCCGUGACGCAUUCGUUAAAGGGUCAAAGAGAUUGCCGUCAGCUGACAACGUGGCACUGUUUGACACGUGUUACAAUUUGUCUUCCACGAGUAGCGUGGAUGUCCCAACGCUGUCGUUUCACUUCCCCGAAGGUAAAGUUCUACCGUUACCGGCUAAGAAUUACAUGAUGCCGGUUGAUUCGGUUGGAACCUUCUGUUUCGCGUUCGCGCUUACGUCCUCCACGCUGUCAAUCAUUGGGAACGUGCAGCAGAAGGGGACACGUGUCGAUUUCGAUCUCGGCAACUCCUGCGUAGGAUUUGUGCCCAACAAAUGUUAG